CCAAGGCUAAUAAAAGCACACACAUAGAAAGACUCAAGAGUAAGAAAAAAACAAACAAAAUGGAGAAGAUAGAGCACAAGAUGGUAGCUGUAAAUGGCCUAAAUAUGCAUAUAGCAGAAUUAGGCCAAGGCCCAACAAUCUUCUUCAUCCAUGGCUUCCCUGAGCUCUGGUACUCUUGGCGCCACCAAAUGGUCUACUUAGCUGAACGUGGGUACCGUGCUGUGGCGCCUGACUUAAGGGGUUAUGGAGAUACUACAGGUGCAUCCCUUAACGACCCUUCAAAGUUCAGUAUCCUUCACCUUGUGGGUGAUGUUGUAGCACUGCUUGAAGCCAUUGCUCCUAAUGAAGAAAAGGUGUUUGUCGUUGCGCAUGACUGGGGUGCCUUAAUUGCUUGGCAUUUAUGUCUCUUUAGGCCAGAUAAAGUUAAAGCCUUGGUGAAUUUGAGUGUCCAUUUUCUCCCAAGGAACCCAAAGAUGAAUACUGUUGAGGGGCUAAAGGCUGUAUAUGGGGAAGAUCAUUAUAUCUCGAGAUUUCAGGUACCGGGCGAAAUUGAAGCUGAAUUUGCUCCAAUUGGUGCUAAGUCUGUUCUUAAGAAAAUAUUGACAUACCGCGAUCCUGCACCAUUUUAUUUUCCUAAAGGCAAAGGUCUUGAAGCUUUUCCUGAUGCUCCGGUCGCCCUUUCAUCGUGGCUUUCUGAGGAAGAGUUGGAUUACUAUGCCAACAAGUUUGAGCAGACUGGUUUCACUGGUGGAGUUAACUAUUAUCGCGCUUUACCCAUAAACUGGGAACUCACAGCACCAUGGACAGGAGCUCAAGUUAAAGUUCCGACCAAGUUUAUCGUCGGGGAAUUCGACUUGGUUUAUCAUAUACCAGGUGCUAAAGAGUACAUACACAAUGGUGGAUUUAAGAAAGAUGUUCCAUUGUUGGAGGAAGUUGUGGCUUUGGAAGGUGCAGCUCACUUUGUCAACCAAGAAAGGCCACAUGAGAUUAGCAAACACAUCUAUGACUUCAUUCAAAAGUUCUAAACUUUCGAAAAUUAAUUAAUCGUAUGCAGUAUUUUGUUUUGUGUAAGCAGUGUUCGUUACUUGUCAUAAUAUGACUGAUAAAAUAAGUUCGAAUUUGGAACUUUGUGAUAGUAUUAUUUUUAUAAUAAUAGUUAAGUUAAUAUA